AUGGCAUCUUUAAAACGGUAUAAACGAAAAUUCAUGGUUCUGGUGCUUUUGUUCCUGGUUUGUUCGGUAUGGACUUUUGUAAACUACUUUGUACAUGCAUCCAGACUGCUUACAACGAGUGAUUCUUCCACAAUACGGCACCCCGAAGGCGAAGCUAAAGCUAUACAAUUACGUGAAUGUAUUCAUAAUUUUAAACGAAACAGCUCUACGGAAGUGGAUAUGACUACGGGAAGUAUAGAUUCCUUAAAUGCCGCCAACGUAGCUAUGUUUGCGAUGCUAAAAGGGAUUAACAGAACAUUGAUAAAAUUUAUAAACAAUUUUCAUGCAUCGAAGAUUUCUGAAAAUCCUGUAGCAACAACGAGAAAGCCAACGGUUGACAUAAUAAACGACUAUUACCCUUUUGUUGAUUUUAAGUUCGUUUUCCCGGAAAUUUCGCCCAAAGUUGAAACAACACCAGAGAUUUUUAUGAUGGUUUUGGUCAAUUCGGGCGCCAAGGGCAACGAGUUUCGAAAACGUCGCGAGGCUAUCCGACAAACCUGGGGAAAUCGAAGCAAUUGUGAACAACGCAAAGCUAUGGGAGAUGAAAGAAAGAAGAACUUACGGUGGCUACUCGUAUUUGUUGUUGGAAAGGCAGGACCGGGAACAAACGAUGACGAACUAAACAUGGCUGAAGCUGGACAACACAAUGAUAUGUUGAUAGGAAAUAUCACAGACAACUAUAUUAAUAAUGUUGUCAAGUUCUACAUGGGUCAAGUGUGGGCAAGUAAAUUUGAUAUAAAAUACACAUUCAAAACAGACGAUGAUGUUUAUGUGCGCAUACCACGUGUGUUGGGAUAUCUUGUUAAUGCUAAGUUUCCAAGACCAUUUUACGGAGGAAUGACCUACUUGCCAAUCAGAGUUAAUCGUGUUAUUAGUGGAAAAUGGACAGUUAGUUGGAAAUAUUUUGGUGAAGUGAAUUUUCCGAUGUUUAAUGCUGGAGCGUUCUUUAUUCUGUCCACCGACCUUCUCAAUAGAUUAUUUAACUAUGUCUAUAUAAGAAAACCAUUUCACAUAGACGACGCAUAUGUAGGGGUGGCAAUGCGUGAUUUUGGGGUAAAAACUAGAACAAUAUUUUCGUUUGCUGUUAGGCCUGAUAUGAGUGAGUUUAUACAUAAAGCUGAGGACUGUACGAUAUUGCGUCUAGAUGGCUUUGGACAUAAUAUGGACCCAGAAUCAGCCAGAUUUCUUCACAAUCGCCUGACGACAUUGGCUUGUGGGAAUAUGCAUCUCAAGUGUUGA